AGUAAUUGUAAUUGUAAUUAAAUCAUCCUGUAUAUAAAUUCAGGAUAAAUUUUCACUCUUACGACUUUCACUUUCACCACAGAAAAAAAAAACCUUCAACUUCAAACUGAUUUAGAACUCUACCACAGCCAUUAUAGAUCUCCCAACCAGCAUAUAGAAUAGAAUAUAGUACUUACGAUGUCAUUAACGGCCGAAUCAUUCAAACAAGUCAUCCAACAGAAGAUACCUACUGAUUUAGUUCAAGUAGAAGACAUGUCAGGAGGAUGUGGUCAAGCGUUUGCUGUGAUUAUCAUUAGUAAUAUCUUUCAAGGGAAGAAUAAAUUAAUGAGACAUCGAUUGGUGAAUAAUGCUUUGAGAGAGGAGAUUAGUGGUAUUCAUGCGUUUACUCAGAAGGGGUAUACUCCUGAAGAAUGGAUUGAACAAGGAGGGAAAAUAUAACAGAGAUAAAAUGAAUGAUGAUAUAG